UGGGGAGGACUUGAAGAGAAAUAAUUCUGACAGCUGACAAAGCAGUGAAUUGAUUUUUCGAAAAUGUCGUUCGCAGACAAGAUAUCGAUGCUUAUGGAUCGGCCAGGGGGCGACAAUGCCCAAAAAGAUGACGUUCCUUGGUGGAUGCGCUACGCUGGUCGGGGGUUGGGAACAGUUGGCAGUUUCAUCGCCAUAAUCCUGGGACUCAUCAAUUGCACUGGCAUUAUAUUGAUGAAUGUCAGCUGUCUGAUAGCUGGCGUUUGGCAGAUGUUGGCAGGUUUCAUAGUGAUAGUGUGCGAGGCGCCCUGUUGCUGUUUCUUCAUUGACUACGUGCAGACUCUCUCCGAUCGUAUUGAGACACGUCCUUACUGGAAUAAGGCAGCUUUAUAUAUCGGUUUGGCGCUACCUCCGUUCUUCAUGUGCUUCUUCAGCGUGAGCACGUGGCUCGGCAGCGGUAUGAUAUUCGGCACGGGAAUUAUAUACGGGAUGAUGGCGCUAGGAAAGAAGGCGUCGAUAGACGACAUGAGGACGUCGGCUGCCAACCUCGAAGCCGGAGUCGGUCAGCCGACCACCGCCCCCCGCGCCAACCUGGUCACCAACGAGCAGCCCUUCAGCUUCACGGGCCCGCCCGCCAAGUGACGCGCGACCGCAGACUGCGGCUCUCGUGUGAAUGGACUCGACUAUUUCACCAUUCGUGAGUUGAACUGUGCUGCUCGUAGGCUUAGGUUUCUCCAAGGUUAUUUAUGUUGAAGGCGGUCGGGAUUCAAUCCGAGUUAUAUUUAUCGCUUGUUGACCAAAAAAAUUAUGUUCUCUUUUUUUUUUUUCGAAAUAUUUUAAUGGUAAUCUGUAUCCGAUCAUGUGUAACCUUAAUAAAUACAUUUUUAAAUCAUUUUUGAUAAAAUAAUAUUUCAUGAAGUUAAUAAAAAUGUUUGCAACAGAUUAAAAACAUGACGUUUGUCUAUGACUUGUGCAUUCAAAGAUAUUUGUAGAUAUGUGUGUAAUCCUAAUAUGCCAAAAUAUUAUAUAAUCAAUAUGGCAGCUUUUGACUUAUUUAUUAAUAUGGCGUUGCAGGCGUAUGCUACAUUCCAAUAUUGUUCUUGUUUUGUUAACAAUCUUUUUACGAUGAUAUCUAUAUGGUAAAUCAUAUUUAAAUAAAACACGGUCGAGCCGAAUACGUGUUUUCCGCGUGAAUUUAAAUUAUGUACAUUUUGGGUAUUUGAAAUUGUAUAAAAAUAAUAUACAACGAGAUUAUAAAAUUGCGAAAAGUGAUGACUUAAUCAAUCUUAGGAUUAAACUUACAAAAUUAUACCGUUAGAACAAAAGCUACUCUUAGGGUCUGAAGUUAUUUUAGAAUGAACAGAAGUUUAUAAAAACGAUACAAUGAAGUAUAUAAUCAAAAACAACUACACACUGAAUUUUCGAACAUCAUUUUAUUUCUUAAUGCUUACUUUAUUAUUGAAGGCAACUUUAUUACCUUCACUAACUUUAUAUCUCUUGGCAAAUGGUGAUCAGACAGACAUGAGACUGUUACAGUAUAAUCGACUAAAUAUAUAAUAGCGUGAACUAGCGCAGGUGUUACUUUAAAAUCAUUACUCAAUGAUAACAAACCAGUAAGAAACAUAUUUAUAUUUAAAUAAAAAGAUUGUUAACAGUAUAAGACUCGAAUUGGACAUGGGCUCAAACAUAUCCAGUUUGUUGCUUAUGUUAUCAAGUCGCGCAUACAUUUCGAUAAUUGAAAUUAUUAUGAAAUAAUGUAUUUUAUAAAUUAUAUAAGAUAAAGCUGUUGCCGGCUUAUUCAUUAUCUAUUAUAUUAAUGUAGCAAAGGCGUAGCGUAUACCGUUAAAUAGAUUGGGAUCUGACAUAUGCAUAGUAUUAGGUGAUGGUCUGACGAAAACGACAACACUGCGUGCGAACCAGGGUAAGCUUGUAUGCCCGUUGGCUUUAGAAGAAGCACAGACUCGCAAAUAUCGUAAGGUUUCGGGGAGCACAAGCAAAAUUAAAUUAUUAUUAAAUCAUCGUAAUGAAAAAAGUACAUUAUUACGAAAAUAAUUCAUAGUAAAGAGAAAAGAGUCUCCGCUCCUCUAUUGCUCCAGAGCCUCGAGACCACUGUCCGUCGUUUUUGGAAUAAAAUUUGUGCAGUCCACUCACACGUGACUCAACGUCCGCCACGUUUGUUAAGCCCCGCCCAUAAGUCAGAUCCCAAUGGCUCGUUUCAAAGUAAAUUGUGAAGUUUGUUAAAAGUAUAAUUAUUAGAGUGUUUCUAUUUACACAUAUUGUGUACGAGUGUUGUAGGUAAUCUAAUCUAACGUUUAUAAUAUUCAUGUCAUGUUUAUUCAUUCGUAACUGUUAUUUAUGAACGCACCCAUUACAUGUUAGUGUAAAUGUUUAAGAUAUUCUUGUGGCUCGGGGGGUUUUUGAGAUAUUGGGAGUUUGUCCUGAGGCUUCUAGUCUCUUCGCGUCUCGCUAGUUUAUAUGCAGAGGUACUAAUAUCAGAAUAUAUGGGUACAUAUAUAUAAUGUUUCAAAACCGAGAUACGUGCUCUAGUUAUGGUACACUUGUUUGAUCCUCGGACUCUAGGUCGUGGCGAAUCUUGACCUAAUCAGGCAAAUUUUACGAGACACUUGAUUUUGAGUACAUUCCAGAACCUUACUCAGAUGAGGAUUAGGGAGGGUUAGUGAUACCAUUGCUUGAUUUAUAGUUCUCUUUGCUACCUAAUAAUGGACUACAAGAAACUGGGAUUAUUCUCAAGCAAUUCACCCUCUCUGCUGGGGUCUUUAUAUCCGUUCUUGAUGGUUUAAGUGUUAUAAUUAUACGUUGGUGACCCAGUGAUAACAGAUGUAUAACCCAAUAAAGAAGUAACGUGUUGUACAUGUGAAAUAGCAGCAGGAUCGUCCAUCAUAUUAUCUUAUAUAUGUUUCUCUGCCAUAAGACAUAUAUGCUGAUAUACUUAUGUGUGUAUGUACUGUGUCGAGUUGUGGGGCGUUAUGGGCGUUAUGCGUUAUUCUAUACUACAUUAGUUAGUUGAGAGUAGAGGCGUCAGGUGAGUCACGUUCAUAGGACGAGUUGAAAAGUUUCUCCUUAAAUACUCCUGCGUAUAUGAAACGAUGAUAGAUGUUUAGUAUGAAGGCCUAUUUUCAAAUAUCGAUUUGCACUAAAAUAGUUCUAGCAAUUACAUUAUGGAUUCAUGCAAUUUCUAUAAAUAUAUUGUACAGGACUAAUUCCUAGUUCUUACAUACCUAAGUAUGAAAUAGAUUGAAUAAUAUUAAUAUAGAAGGUAUAAUUAUAAACAAUAUCGAUAAUACUUAAUAUUGAUGUAAAGUGAAGUCGACACAAGUCUGUGUGGCUUAAACCCUGCGUUCAGAAAUGGACCAAGAUUACUAGGUUAUAACUGAAUGAUAAUAAUUGUUUUGAAUAUAUUUUUCAAUGUCGCAAGAAAUAUUUCGUCGUCCGCGAGGCUGUAGCUUGGUUCUUAUCUCUACAUAUCAUUCUUUUUUUGUUUUUACUCUGCUAUUUAGUGCAUGAAUAUAGCAAAGUUUUAGAUAGCUAAUUGUAUAGUCAAUAAGCAUCAAAUUUAUUUAAUUUCAAAUUAAUUUUUUCAACGAAAUCAGUGUUGCAUAAAUAUAUGGAAAUUAUAAAGAAACCUUAAAAAGUAUUUAAAGGGUUAAAUUGUUAUAAGAAAUGAAUAUGAGAACUAAAUUUAAGUAAUAAAAAUUUGUCCGAAUUAAUUUUUAAUCUUUUUACUAAUUUACUAAUUAUUAUUUCGGUAUUAAACAUUCCAUUUGUAUGGUCUCAAUAUUAAUAAAAAAAUUAUUGUACUAAUAGCAAAAUUGCUCGAAACAUGAGCUAUAAAAAUAGGUCUAUACAUUGACUGAACAUUCUUUUCUUAUUAGGGGUUCAUUGAUUUUUAUUUUUAUUCUAGCAACACGGUAAACAACGUCAAUUUUGACUGCCUACUCUGAAAAGUUUUUGAACUAUCACUAGAAUUAGCAUAAAUCGUACGUCGUAUUGUAAUUUAAUAUAUGGUUUACUACCAUCACAUUGAGCGAUAUGACGUCUAUUCGGAUAUGUAUUUUUUUUCACUCUAACCGGCUAUUUUUUGUCUAAAUUGUAAAAUUAUACUAUUGUAUAACUAAUAUAUGCCCUUUCAAAGUAUGCAAUUUACUUGAGAUACGUUUGUUAAAAAUAAAUCUUUAUAAAUGUAAUAUAUUCAGUCUCUAGUGAUAUCUGUCAACCCAAUUUGUAAAUUAUUCAUUGUCUUAUCAAAUUAAAUUUCAGUACUCCGGACAUACACGACACUAAAUCUUAUAACAUAUACCUAAGACAGCAGAGUGAAUUUAAGAUAUCGUCAUUGCGAUAUAUUCUUUAGUUAAGAUUCACCGCUGUCAUUAUUGAAAGGAACGUUAUAUACCACUGGAUAUAUAAAAAAAAAAAAAAAAAAUUGGUACAAAGAAAAAGGGAAAGUUCGUAGAAAUUCAACUUAGUGUUCUGUAACUCUGGAAUAGUAAUAUUGUCUUGCAAAAUAUGAAAUGUAAAAAUAACAUAACAUUAAUCUGUUAAUAUUGCUGACUGUAAUACGAUGUGUUAAAUAUCACUGUUACCGAUUGAUAUUUUUUUAUAAAAUAUAUAGGAAAAAGGCAUUGGAUAUAAAGAAGUAUUAUGCACAUAGAAAGACCCUAGUCUAUAGGUAAUGUUAUAUCUAGGUUAAAAACUUUGCUCAUACCGCCAACAUUGUUUAUAUUUGGAUGUUAAUGUUGCCAGUAAGUUUUAUUUGUAUAAAAACACUACGUCCUAUUUUAAUUUAGAUCUGGCAACAUUAUACGAAUGACACGAUUGUUUAAAAUGCGUGCUUCCCUAAUUUUAAUUAUUUUGUAAUUAAAAAAUCCUACCAUUUUAAUUAUUUUUUUCAUAUUAUUGUAUGAUAGAUUGUUUCUAAGUGAAAUCAUUGAAAAUAUUCCUUUAUUUAAUAGUUUUGUAUAUAAUAUAGAAUCUAUUGUUAAAAUUAGUCACUUUUUAGCAUUUAAGUUUUAAAGUGCAUGAAAAUAAACUUGGUAUGUCUUGUUUAUGAAUUUAAAUCAAUAAUCAAUUUUUUAUUUAAUUCAAUUCCUAGUUUAUUUAAGCAAGUUAUAGUGAAUUUCAUAAAAUUGUAAUCCUAAUAAUAAAAUGGCAUAACAUCAAUUGUUACACAAGUAAAUAUAUUUUUUAUAGUCUUCACUCAUAUCCUUUCCUACGCCUUAUUAUGACCAAACAGCUUCAACUGUACUCAUUAUGAAACUAUGAAUGUAAAGUUGAAGAUGUUCUAUUUUGUUAAUUUUAGUCUCCUUGUUGGUUAGUUAAGGAUGUGAGUGGAAUACACAUUGUUAUUAGUUCUAACAUUAUAGUCUUCAAUAGAAUAUAUGGGGGUGUCAAUUUAUGUCGAUUCAAAAUAUUCUCGUUAAAUGUAUCAUCCUCCAUUAGUUAAUGAAAUAAUGUUAUUUUUGGACACUUUUGGCAUAAAGUGACAUCUCUGGUCAUAUGUUGCAGGUAGCUCGCAUCAAUUUAUGGUAUGGUAAAUAUAUAGAUUGUAGUUACGGUUACUGCAUUGUUCUUGUCGAUAAAUGUUAACAUUAGUAAGGCAUAUCUGUAAUAAAUGUGUGUAUAUUUAA